UGGACUUGCCGACUACCGACUGAUAAACUUGUGGUGGUUUGGAGGCGUUGUAACUUGUGUUGUGUGUUUAUUUAGGCGUUUCGAACCAAUUAUUCCUAAUUCCUAAGAGCCUAACAAUUAAGUAUUUCUGAGAACUAGAAUAUUGCCGUCAUGGCAGAGUUAAUGGAGGAACAUUCACAAUCACCUCUUAUGGAAGAAAAUAAAGAAAUGGAUGACCCCAUGGAAGGGGGAGUUGAAGAGGAAGAUUAUGAUGAAUACGACGAAUUUCACAAAGCCCGGGGCUUAGCAGGUCGCGGAGGUAUGGGAGGGCCGGAGUAUGCAGAUUACCCAGAUUUUGGUCCAAGGGGGCCACCUAUGGGCCGUCCACCUGGUCCUUACGGGAUGAAUGGUCCUCAUGGGCCCCAUGGACCACAUCCUCGUUUUCGUGGCAGAGGUGGCUUUGGUCCAAGAGGACCACCUCCUGGCUUUAGAGGACCACCUCCACCUCAUUUUGGGGGACCAAGAGGACCACGUUUCAGAGGAGGACCACCUCCGAAUUGGGACCCUAAUUGGGGACCUCCUGGGAUGGGGCCGCCUCCUCACAUGAUGGGGCCUCCCCCACCAGGAAUGCCACCCCCCCAUGCGAUGGGCAUGGGGAUGCCCCCUCCCAACGGCUCGGCCAGUGGACCACCUCCGGGUGGCCAAUAUGGCCCACCCCACGGAAUGGGAGGCCCCCCCCCAAAUAUGAUGCAACAACCACCACCAACCGUGGGUGGUGUGAGCAGCAUGGAUCUGCUGUCUGGGGAAGUCUGGGUUGAAACCAAAGCUGGAGAUGGUAAAGUUUAUUAUUAUAAUGCAAGAACAAGAGAUACAACAUGGACUAAGCCCGAUGGUCCUGAUGUUAAAAUACUCACCCAAGAACAGGUGGAAUCUUUGGCACAAGCCGCUGGAGUCCAACCUGGUGCGAAUCCAGUUACUACUACAGCUGCUCAAGCUGCUGUUGCCCAAGCUAAUUCAUCCAAUGCCCUUAAAGCUGAGGAUGGCACUCAAGCUCCAGGUACAGGUGCCAUGCCUAAUACCAUGCAACCUCCUCCUGGUAUGAUGCAAGGUCCACCUCCUGGUAUGCCACCCUUUGGAGGACCACCCCCUCAGUUUGGUGGACCACCUCCAUUUGGGAUGCCACCUCCCGGUUAUCAGCAAGGAUAUCCUCCUUACAACGCUCCGCCGGGUGGGGCGCCUGGCGCGUGGAAUAUGCCUCCGCAAGGCAUGCCCCCGGGCGUUGGUCCUAUGCAGGGACUUCCUCCGACUGCUAUGCCACCCCCUACAGCUGCUGCUGGUCACGGAGCUACUAUCUCUUCACCAGCUGUUCCGAACCCUGCAAUUGCAGCAGCUGCUGCUCCUCAGCCAGCUAAUUGCGAAGAAUCUGCUGGACUUCAGAUUGAUCCUGAAAUAAUGGCUAGAGCCUCUGAGUGGUCUGAACACCGAGCACCUGACGGAAGGUCAUAUUACUAUAAUGCUAAGUUAGGACAGUCAGUUUGGGAGAAACCACAACCACUUAGAGAUUUAGAAAAUGCUAAAUUGGCUGCUGCUCAAGGUAUUGCAUCAAUGCCUGUUCUAAACACACCUGUCAUGGCUUCCGUUGUUCCUAACAUGGUCAAUAAUGAGGGAGAGUCUUCUGAUGAUGAAGAGGAGGAUGAUACUGUUCCUGCAGGAACACAGCCAGUUCACAUUGAAACUGGUUCCAUAAAUACACCUAUUGUUAAUGGUUCAGCUUCUGCUAUCAGACCUGAAAAUGAGAGCGAGGAUGAAGAAGAAAAGGAGAAGAGGAAACAGGCAGAUGAAGAAGACCUUAAAAAGAAGCGUGAGGAGGAAGAAAAAGCCAAGGAAAUUCAACGUCAACAAGACAAAUCUAGACCAGUUUCAAGCACUCCUGUUCCAGGCACACCAUGGUGUGUUGUUUGGACAGGUGAUGGACGCGUGUUCUUCUACAACCCAUCUUCUCGCACUUCUGUGUGGGAAAGACCGGAAGACUUGGUUGGGCGUACUGAUGUUGAUAAGAUGGUAGGCAAUCCACCUGAUUCGCUGUUGAAUUCACAAACAAACCAAGGUACUGGUUCAAAUGGAGUUAACACUUCAGAAAACUCCGCCUCAUUAGCACUCAAGCGUGAAAAUAAGUCAGACGAUGAACAGCCUGUCCCACCUAAAAAGAUAAAGAAAGAAGAACUCCCCAUCAAAGAAGUCAAAGAAGAAACAAAGCCCCCUGAGAAGAAGCAGAUCGAGGUCGGGAAGGAGGCAGCCAUGGAGGCCGAGGUUCGGGCAGCAAGGGAACGGGCCAUUGUUCCCCUGGAUACUCGCAUCAAAUCAUUCCGUGAGAUGUUAGCAGAAAAGGAGGUGUCUGCUUUCAGCACGUGGGAGAAGGAGCUCCAUAAAAUUGUCUUUGAUCCUAGGUAUCUUCUACUUACGUCCAAGGAACGCAAGCAGGUCUUCGAGAAAUAUGUGAAGGAACGAGCCGAAGAGGAGCGCCGAGAGAAGAGAAACAAGAUGAAGGAGAAACGUGACGACUUCCGCCGUUUACUGGAAGAAGCUAACCUUCAUGGAAAAUCCUCUUUCAGUGACUUCGCCCAGAAGUAUGGCAAGGAUGAACGCUUCAAAAAUAUUGACAAAAUGCGUGAAAGGGAGAGUCUCUUCAAUGAGUACCUCCUUGACGUGCGCAAACGCGAGAAAGAAGAAAAGCUGCAGAGAAGAGAACAGACAAAACGUGAGUUCUUCGAAAUGCUACGGGAGCGUUCCGAGAUUGAUCGUCAUUCUCGCUGGAGUGACUGUAAGAAGUCGAUUGAGUCUGAUUCACGCUAUCGGGCCGUGGACUCAAGCACUCAACGUGAAGACUGGUUCCGAGAGCACAUUAAGCAUCUGAAGGAAGAGAGAAAGAGAGAGAAAGAACGCAGGAGAAGCAAGGAUAGAAGAAGAAGUAAAGACAGAGAUCGCAGUCGUGACAGAGAAAGAAACAGAGAUGAUAAAGAUAAAGACAAAAAAGAUGAUAAGGAGAAGGAAAAGGAGAAGGACAAAGAAAGGGACAAGGACAGGGAUAAGGAUAAGGACAAGGAUAAGGACAAGGACAAGGAAAAGGAGAAAGAAAAAGAGAAAGAAAAGAAAAAGGAGAAAAACAAAGAGGAGAAAGAAGAAGGAGAAAAUGAUGAUGAUGAUGAGGAUGAGGAAGAAAGAGGAAGUGAGGACAACCGCUCAGAAGAUGAGCGUGAAAAAGAGCAACGAGACAAGGAUAAGCAAGCUCGUGUUCAAGCAAGUUUAAGAGAGCGAGAAAAAGAAGUCCAGCGUACAUUAGCUACUCACAUGCGUGACCGUGACAAGGAGCGUGAGCAACAUAAACAUGAUGAAGCUGUUCAACAUUUUAAUGCACUUCUAGCUGACUUGGUGAGAAAUGCUGAUCUAAUUUGGAAAGAAGCCAAACGACAACUACGCAAAGAUUCAAGAUGGGAACUUGCAGAACUGUUGGAUAGAGAUGAGAAAGAGAAACUGUUCAUGGCUCACGUUGAACAACUAGGAAAUAAAAAACGAGACAAGUUCAGGGAAAUGUUGGGAGAAAUAUCAGAGCUGACGCUUACAAGUUCUUGGAAAGACAUCAAGAAGUCCAUAAAAGAUGACCCACGGUACUCUAAGUUCUCUUCCAGUGAUAGGAAAUGUGAGCGUGAGUUCAAAGAGUACAUUAAAGAUAAGCUAGUCGCAGCCAAAGCAGAAUUCAGAGAACUUUUACAGGAAACCAAGCUUAUUACUCAUAAGUCAUUAAAAAUGGUCCAAGAAAAUGAAUCCCACUUGAAAGAAAUAGAAGAGAUUUUAAAGAAAGACAAAAGGUACUUGAUUCUGGACUAUAUGCCAGAUGAAAGGACUCGCUUGCUUAGGACAUACUUGGAAGAACUUGACAAACGUGGUCCACCACCGCCACCAACAGCAUCAGAACCAUCUAGAAGACCUACCAAGUAAUGUCAUAUUUUUCCAAUUGAACACUAUGACUGUCUGAUAUGUACAAUAAUGUAUUUCUUUUCUGUUUGGGGAGUUUCAAGUUACUGGUGUUGUAUACUGUAUACCUCUGUUGGUGCACAGUUCUGCCAUUGAUUUUUUAAGAGAUCCUCUUUUUCUAUGUUAUCUCGUCUGAAAAUGGAGACCAAUUAUGUAUGUUAAUUUGUGUGUGCAAUGUUGUUUGUUGAUUAUUGAGUGAAAUGUCUUGUUACCCUAUCUAAUUACACACUUAUUUGAAUGUAUUUUGAUUUUAAUGCAAUAGACAUUGUCCUUAUGUUUUUGGCAAAAGUUUGUUACUUAAAAUUUUAAGAUCAAAAUUGGAAGAGUGUUUUUUUGUUUUCUUAAGUGUAAGAAGUAUCUCAUUUGUCAUUGAAUUGUAUAUUAUAUACAGAAGGAAAACAUUCCUUUGUGAAACUGCAAUUUAACUUUUAUUGUUCAGAAAAAUGUUCAAUAAAGUAACUCUUUCCAUUUA